AUGUCGAAUGGCAUGGCUAAGCGAUUUCACCGCCAACGCAUGGCGCCCCUAUCAUUGAUACCCUGGACAGAGCGACUACCACUCGUCCUCCUCGCCCUGCGCACCAUGAUAUGUACGGAUGCAUCCUGCUUCUCAGCUGAGCUCAUAUUUGGCACUUCCUUAAGGCUUCUUGGACAGUUUUUCGACACGUCACCGGUAUCACCAUUGGACGUAGCUGACUAUGCCAGUCAACUCAGGAAUCCCACGAGAGAUGUGACUUCUAUUCCUGCGCCUCAACACUCACGCCCAAGUUUCGUCAGUCGCGCACUGCGUGACUGCACCCACAUCUUCGUACGACAUGAUGCAAUCAGGCCACCACUGCAACCUUUUUACGACAGAACCUUUAAGAGCCUCAAGCGUUGCCCGAAGCAUUUCCUUCUGAUGCUUAAUGGACGCAAAGGCAGUGUCUCCAUUGACCGCAUAAAGCCAGCUUUCCUUGACAAUGACGCUGUCCUCGAAGACUACAAGCCACCCGCAAAAACUAGACGAACGCACUUCGCAACAGCAGAACCUACAACCUGCUAA